CAAAACAUUACUUCUCUGAUUUGUUUAAAUAUAGGGCUUCUCUGUUUCUUGGUUACUCUGGCGAAGAGUUGUACGGGCAUCGAUGGUAUCGUCUUGUUCAUCCGGAAUAUGUAUUGGUUGCCAAACAUUUUCAUCAAGAAAUUUUAGUAAUGACAGCAUCCAAUGAAACCCAAUGUUUUUCGACACUCCAACUCGUUACCAAGGACAAACAGACGAUAACCACUCACAUCACAGCUCAUCUUAUCCGGGAAAGUUCAGGUCAAAUGUCGUACACCAUAAUCUGCAAGUAUCGCAUCGUCCGAGGCGAUAUUGAAUCUGGCAAUCUCCAUCAGAAUACGUCAUCAGCUGAUCAGCACGUGGUAGGCCCAAGGAACUACCAUAAUGGCUCCAGUCCAUGGCAUCAUUACAGAGAGGAAAACAAGAGUAAAGAGGAUGUCGAGGUGGACAGCCAUUACACCUUAAGAGCUAGCCAGGGUAACAAUCACUACAACAACGAAAAGCUUACGUGUUCAUUGGCAACCGGAUUGUUGGGCGGAUUACCCCAGCCUUGGUACGUGAGCUCUAACUUGGUGUCAGGACGCCAUAAUGAACGAAGGCCGCAUGGAAAACCUUCAGCACUCAUCCAGCACAUCAAAUCCACGAUGCAUGGUGACUUUUCCUCAAUAGAACCGUAUCAGCAGAACCCUGAUGGAUCUCCUGGAAGCCCUUGCAGCCCAUCGUCACCACGUGCCGAAGGAAAGCUAAGGAUAAAGAACAACAGAACUGCACGAGAACGGCCUUACCCAAGUGUGGUAUCGGGUCACCCCAUGAACAAUGGUAAUCAGUAUGGCGGCUAUCUUGAGCGUCUACAAGGAACUCUUGACUUGACAUGUCUGUUUGGUCGAAAGGACACCUACAAGGCACAUGGAACCAUAUGCCUUUUGUCGUCACGAUGUUCGUUAGCAGAACUACGACAAAGGUCUGACGGAGAUAAUGGAGGACGAAGUGAAAAGAAAUACCAGUCUCGACCUAAUUCUUUUGGUAUGCUAUCAGUGGAAGAGAGUGUGACAGCAGCUCUAAAGUGCCUGUCCAAUGAUCAGAUUAAGCUACUCGACCAGGCAACAUGGGAAUUAUCUGAAACGGUGCCAUAAUUAUAUUUAUAUUUAUAUAAGCUUGAGAGGAAAACAAUGGGGUAACGAGAUCUUUUAGCGUUAAAAUCAAGUUCAUAAUAUUGCAUACUCCAUUCGACCUUGUGUUUGAUAAAUGGUUGCAAAUUAUGUCAAAUUUUGACGCUAACUUUUCAACAUUUUGUAUCUUUUGCUGAAUGAAUGAAUAGUUACAACGGAAAAGGUACAUUGUCAUCAUGUAAAUAUUAACCCUUUUCAAGAGAAAUGAAUACUUUUGGUGCAAUUUCAAUGGAUAUUGAUGGAAUUAUGUGGAGUAUUGUAAUGUCUAAAUUAUGCAAGAGAAUAGUGACGUUAUAUCAUAAUGUAAUAUGCACUAUACAAUAAUUUUUUUUCGUUUUGCAUCAUUAUUUACCUUCUUUAGUAUUCUCACAAUCUAAGUUUUUAUUUUAAAUUUCAAGAUUCACCCAAAUAACAAACCGUUAAUUGCAUGUUUUGUAUGGUUUGUUUGAUUUUUUUAUAUAACAGGCCCUACUCACCAACGAGUAUUAUGGUGAACUUCGUUCCGGCCAUUUUUGUUCCUUUGUGUUAUCCUUUUUCUUUCCUUCUUCUUUCUUUUGCGAUAUAGAUGGAUAAUUUUUGUGGCUUUGAACUUUUAAUUUGACAUUCCAGAAGCUUUACUGAUGCAACUUUAUACUAAAGAACCAACAAACUAUCGUUAUAAUACAGUCAGAACUAAAUUUGUUACAUUUCUGAAUUUUAGAAUAAUGACAGACUGGUGAUUAUCAUUUUUUACAUUAAUAAACAAAACAAAUGUGUAUAUCAAAAUGUAGAAAGGAUAUAUAAAACACAUUCCUGUUUUCUGGAUCGUGGCAUGAAUCAAGUGUUAUUACAGUUCUGAUACAAUCUAUUUGAAAGUUUGAAUAGGAUCAGAUUUAAAGUUCUGCUAGAAAAUUAACUGCAUCAGUUUUUAACAUAACGCUAAAAAGUAUUUAUCUUUUACGGAAUUUGAUAAAUGGGUAUUACUGACAAUAUUUAUAACAUGCUUGGAACUCUAUUUCUUGAAUUAAUUAUAAAAUUGGUUUAUUCCGAACAUUUACAAAUGAAGUUGAUUUUGUAAUUUUGAUUUCAUCAUGCUCCUAAUUUCCUUACCGUGAUGCAUGUUUUUCUCACCGUCGAUUUUAUGCAAAUAUGUAGAUACAUGUACAUGAAUGUUGUAGAAGGACAAAAUCGAAGACUUUUUUAUGCAAAGAGGAAAUUCACUAUCAGGAAUAAUAAUCGGAAUUAAUUUAUUGAUACAUAUCAGAGUGGUGCAUGGGCAUGUGCCCCUGGCAAAACCCAUUCUGGCAUGCUUUUAGGACACAUUAAAUGCAAUGAGGAAAUGAGUUUACUGAAUGUGUCCCCAAAUAUUAUUUCCCGUCUUGUUCAGAAUCAGAAGGCGUUAAAUAUGUAUUGCUAUGUAUUACUAUGUAUCAAAGUAGAUGUUCUUAAUUCGCAAAUUAGGAGUAUUGAUGAUCCAACGUAAAUUUCGUGACAGUUUUAAGCAUGAAGGUGAUUGAACACUUAAUAUCAUUGCAUCCACUCGUGACCAAAUCAUUUACACGUUGAGUUGAUGUGUUUAAAUAAUUCUUUAUCUUAUUCAAGCAUUACGCAAAUACAAACACUCUUAAACAUACUGGGUAGAAAAUGAACCAUGAGGGUAAAAAUGUUUCCGCUUAGCUUUAAUAGAGAUAUGUGGUUGCAUGAUCACUGUUUGUUUAAUGGAGAUGGGGGGGGGGUUCUAUUUGAUCGAAUCUCUACGCUUUUGGGGGUAUGAUUAUCUAAGACGAAUGGAUUCAAAUGUCAAAUCACCACAUCAUGCAAAUAAAUUUCAAGUUCAAAA